CUCUCUCUCUCUCUCUCUCUCAUGCACAGUACUGCAACCAAGCAAGCCAGAGCCAAAAGCCAAAGCCCAUGCAUGAUAAAAAUGAAAACAGAGAGAUGAUGGUGAUGGUUUAGUCCCUUUCACCUGAGCCUCUCUUAUUUACUUCUUUUCGUAUACUUAGCUACCACUACAUAUUCCAUACAUACUUUCUCUUGAUCUUGACAAUCCCUCCCCCCCUCACUUUUCGUCUUUUUGCCUUUUGUUAGCUUCUUGUUCCUUUUCUUUUGUUUUUUUUUUGGCCAACCAAAGCUAUAUAUCCAGCCACCAUAGAUGGCCAUGGAAGAUCACGACCGUUCAUCUGAUUUUCUCGAAGAACAUGAGCAGUACUGCUACAGCGAUACCAAUUGUAACUUGGGAACUCCGGGGGAUGAUCUUUUUAGCAUAUUACAGAGCUUAGAUGAUCAUGGGUUUGGAGGAGGAGGCGGCGGAGUCGUAGACUUUCCUUCCCCGUUAGCUUCAGCACCAUUCGAUGAUGACCAACUACUUGCUGUUUUUAGCUCAUCACCAAAAGACCUCUCCUCCUCAGCUGAUAAAACCGAGUUUGAUGAAACUAACUCUCCACCCAAAACCAAGAGACUCAAGCUCUCAUCAGCUGCCACCCCCACCGCCACUGCCACCACAACAACCACAAAUUCUUCAGAUCAGGAUGGAGGGCGGAUGUCUCAUAUAACGGUGGAGCGCAACCGCAGAAAGCAAAUGAACGACCACUUGACUGUCUUGCGCUCUCUUAUGCCUUGUUUCUAUGUUAAACGAGGAGAUCAAGCAUCAAUCAUUGGAGGGGUGGUUGAUUACAUCAAUGAGCUGCAGCAAGUUCUUCAAUCACUUGAAGCCAAAAAGCAACGAAAAGCAUACAGCUGUGAAGUGUUAAGCAGCCCUAGGUUGCAGCAGGUUUCAAGUCCAAGGCCACCUGGUCCCUCACCACCAGUUCUCAGCCCUAGAAAGCCACCUCUCAGCCCUAGGCUCGGCGGCAGCAGCUUACCACCCAUCAGCCCAAGAACUCCACAACCCACCAGCCCUUAUAAGUCCACGGCAGCCAGGACAAUAUUGCAACAACCACAAAUAUUACCUGCAGCUGCUAAUAUUAUUAGUAAUUAUCUGAUUUCUAAUCCAACAAUGGCUGCUAGCUCAUCACUUGAGCCAUCCCCUACUUCUUCAAGUGCUACUUCCUCUAUUAAUAAUAGUGUCGACAAUCUGAACGAGCUUUUUGCCAACUCCAAGUCCGCCAUUGCGGACGUGGAGGUGAAAUUUUCCGGUCCAAAUGUUCUUUUGAAAACAGUGUCUCCUCCGAUACCCGGACAGGCUCUCAAAAUCAUUUCCGCUCUUGAAGACCUUUCGCUUGAAAUUCUCCAUGUCAGUGUCACCACCGUUGACGAAACCAUGCUUAAUUCCUUCACCAUCAAGAUUGGAAUUGAAUGCCAACUUAGUGCCGAGGAACUCGCUCACCAAAUCCAGCAAACAUUCUGCUAAUUGAGUCUCCUAGCUUGAGAAUUUUAUAGUGCUUCGAAGUAUUUUAUACAUUGAAAAUUUUAAUCGUUAGAUCUUUAAUUAUUAUAUUUUUAAUCAACGAUCUAACAAUUAAAAGUUCCAAAAUAUAGAAUAUCCCGGAGUACACUAAAAUAUCCCACGGUAGAUAUCAUAUUUCAUCAGUCGAUCAAAAUUGCCCUAACUCCAACUCUCUAUUUGUCUCUCAUCUCCGAAAUGGUGCUACUAAAUAGAAUGUGGAAAGCCAUGCAUUUUGCCAUAUUCUUAUUAACCAAUGUAAUUGUAGAUCAGUAAUAACUUUGUUUUACUUUUAGCUAGCCUAGCUAGGGUAACCCUUUGUAAUUUUCAAUUAAGCAAUCUCAAGGUCUUAUUUCAUGUA